UCACUCAGGUGCGGAGCCAGCCUGAAGGAGACAGCGGAAGGAGUUUCUCGAACUGCGCUGUCGCUCACGGGGCCGCACCAAUCAGCACGCAGUUUGCCCUCGGGUCCGCCUCUUUAGAGGCGUGUCCCUAGUGAGUGAUAGACGGAGCCGCCCGGCCCUGCUCAGCCCAGCCCACGUUGCUGCUUAGAUUGAAAUGCAGAACUCAAGCCUCUUUCAUCGGGGCACAGACUUCCUUUUACUCCUUCCUUUUGCACUCUCGCCGCCUCCACCCGGGGAGAAUCGGAGGCACUCGCGGCCGGGGGCAGCGACAGGCCGGGCCACUGAGGCCUUGCGAAAAGUUUCUUUCUGGAACUGCGGAACUGGGGCCCGGCUGGUGUACUGCUCGGAGCAAUGGAACCAGCCUUCGGGGAGGUGAACCAGCUGGGAGGAGUGUUCGUGAACGGGAGGCCGCUGCCCAACGCCAUCCGGCUUCGCAUCGUGGAACUGGCCCAACUGGGCAUCCGACCGUGUGACAUCAGCCGCCAGCUACGGGUCUCACACGGCUGCGUCAGCAAGAUCCUGGCGCGCUACAACGAGACAGGCUCAAUCUUGCCAGGAGCCAUCGGGGGCAGCAAGCCCCGGGUCACCACACCCACCGUGGUGAAACACAUCCGGACCUACAAGCAGAGGGACCCCGGCAUCUUCGCCUGGGAGAUCCGGGACCGCCUGCUGGCAGACGGCGUGUGCGACAAGUAUAACGUGCCCUCGGUGAGCUCCAUAAGCCGCAUUCUGCGCAACAAGAUCGGCAACUUGGCCCAGCAGGGCCAUUACGACUCAUACAAGCAGCACCAGCCAGCACCGCAGCCUACGCUGCCCUACAACCACAUCUACUCGUACCCCAGCCCCAUCACGGCGGCGGCCGCCAAGGUGCCCACGCCACCCGGGGUGCCCGCCAUCCCAGGUUCGGUGGCCAUGCCGCGCACCUGGCCCUCCUCGCAUUCUGUCACCGACAUCCUGGGCAUCCGCUCCAUCACCGACCAAGUGAGCGACAGCUCCCCCUACCACAGUCCCAAAGUGGAGGAGUGGAGCAGCCUGGGCCGCAACAACUUCCCUGCCGCGGCCCCGCACGCGGUGAACGGGCUGGAGAAGGGAGCCUUGGAGCAGGAAGCCAAGUACGGCCAGGCACCAAAUGGUCUCCCAGCUGUGAGCAGUUUUGUGUCAGCCUCCAGCAUGGCUCCCUACCCUACCCCAGCCCAAGUGUCACCUUACAUGACCUACAGCGCUGCUCCUUCUGGUUAUGUUGCAGGACAUGGGUGGCAACAUGCCGGUGGCACCCCACUGUCCCCCCACAACUGUGACAUUCCCGCAUCACUGGCGUUCAAGGGAAUGCAGGCAGCCAGAGAAGGUAGUCAUUCUGUCACCGCCUCUGCACUCUGAUGGGAAAUUCCAUCUCCAGCAGCUUCACCUGGGUCUCCCCUUCUCAGCACAUCCUCCCCCUCUUCCCAGUUCUCACCACCCACCCCUCCUACCCUUCAACCCUCCUGCCUCAAGAGCUGGCUUUACGGACUCACAUCCUUUGUGCUGAUGACACUUAAAUAUUUCUUGCCAAUACUUCUCUCUCACGGAAACCUGAUAUAACUUUAGAACAUAAAAACAAAAGCAACGUUAAGGAUCGAAUGAGACAUUUGUGUUGCCCACACACUGUUUUAACGUAGUGAAGAAACCUACACCCCUCAAAGGGCUUAAGGAACUUUUGAAACUACUCUUUGGUAAAACCACACAUGUAUAUUUAUUCUAAAUCAACCUGAACUUUUGAAACGUGCAAUUGUUGAGAUUUUGCAAAAUCAAUAAAGGAAAAUACAUACAGAAAAAAAGAUAUGUUAUACCCUCUAAUCAAAUAAGGUAACCAAGUAAGCCUUAAUUCAUCAUAAGGAAGCCAAUCAAUAAUUGACUUUUUGACUGAUCCUUUGUUUAUUUUUAAGAGAUGACCUAUUGUGUUGAAAAGUAUGUGUAGAACCCAAGCAAUAUCUGAAUUUAGCUCCUCCUGGUGUUUUGACUUGGUUCCAAAUACAAUAAUGUUUAUAUUUUCUAUUAGCUUGUAAAUAUGGACUCUGGAUGGUACAUUUGUGUCUUCAUUCCAUAAAAGACUUCCCUCUCCCCCCCCACCCCCCAUUUCUUUCUUUCUUUUUUGCAAAGGUGACUUUCUGACAAUAUCUUUGUCUCUUUUUGGUGGUGGGCUGCUUGGGCUCCUGGACCUGGACUUGCCCCCAAAUUUUGUGUGUGCAGUGAAGGCUUCAACAUCUCAUGAAGGACACUUUCUUUCUACAGGAGAGGACUCAAAAAACACAUAAAACAAGCCAGUCUCCCAUUUUGCAUCCUAAUCAAACAACACACAUGCCAAGCAUAUAAAGACAAGAGGGUGGAAAGUAUCUGAACAAGAAGGCGCUAAAGGAAGUCACUUAGAAACUUAAGUUUAAUGUGAAAUGUUUUGCAAAGACACUUAAAAUGAACUUUAUGUUAAGAAAACCACUGUGAAACUAAAUUGUACUGUUAUUGUUGGCUUACCUGUGUGUUCAGCAAUCUCAGCUCCAAAUUAUGUUGUAAUUUAAAGAAAAUGGAAAAUUCUGCUCUAAUGAAUGUAACAAUGGCUUGCUGUGAAGUUUACAUUGUUGUACAGAAGCAUGUUUCACAUGUAGGUAAACUGGUGGUGGUAUUAGAAAUACAAAUGCUAUUUAAUUUUAACAAAUUCCCUUUAUUCAUUUCUGGAAUUACAGGACACAGUUUAACUGAUAAAA